GGGGGUUUCUAACCGUUAUCGCUUCCUGUUUGUUGUCACACAUGUUAAACUGAGUCGAUCAAGGAGGUGCAGAGCGAAACUGACGCCCGGUCGGUGAGCGCACUGGGGCGGGCAGGGCGAUGCGAGGACCGGGGCACUUAAAUCUUUUAUCUUAAGAAUGGCUGCUUUGGCGAUAACGGGAUUGACGUAUUCCCGCUGGCUCCUCAACUCACUUUCCCAAAGAAAGCGCUGUUUGUAAGGGGGACUCUGAUCUCUACAGCCGGUUUCCACUGCGCGUAAUCACAGCUCCAGGACCAGCGGUACAGUCGGUGCGCUCUGGCAGAAAGCAUCCAGCCUCUUCAUCUCUCGGUUCUAACAGCAAUCGCGAGCGCAGAGAAGAGGAAAACGCGGGAAAUACUCUUCAUCUGCAAGUUUUCGUGUGUGUGCCGCACUGGAGGGGAGGAAGAGAUGGCAGCCCUGGUGAAAGCAGCCCUGGCUCUCCUGAUUUUCACCGUGACAACUAUCCUGUGUGCGGAGGUAGAGGAACGGUUGGUGAAUCACCUGUUGUCACCAGAGCGCUACAACAAACUCAUCAGGCCAGCUAUCAACACCAGCCAGCAGGUCACCAUUUACAUCCAGGUGUCUCUAGCCCAGCUGAUCAAUGUGAAUGAGAGAGAGCAGAUCAUGACCACCAACUGUUGGCUCACCCAGUGUUGUGUCGUCUGUGCUUCUUCCCUCAGGUCAUGUCAAGUCUUUUUUCAAGACUCUGUGCAGGGUUGGAAUGACUACAGAUUAAUGUGGGAUCCUGAAGAGUACGAAGGAAUCAAGAAAAUCCGACUCCCGUCACAACACAUCUGGUUGCCUGACAUUGUCCUUUACAACAAUGCCGAUGGGACAUAUGAAGUCUCCUUCUACUCCAACGCUGUGGUCUCCAAUAAUGGUGAAGUGGCCUGGCUCCCACCAGCGAUCUACAAGUCGGCCUGUAAAAUCGAAGUCCGUGAUUUUCCCUUUGACCAGCAGAACUGCACUCUCAAGUUUCGAUCUUGGACCUACGACCACACGGAGAUCGAUCUCAUCCUCCUCAGUGAUUACGCCUCACGCGAUGACUUCAAGCCUAGUGGCGAGUGGGAUAUUGUUUCACUGCCUGGACGCAAGAAUGAAGACCCUAACGAUAUCAGAUACCUGGAUAUUACUUAUGAUUUUAUUAUCAAGAGAAAACCUCUCUUCUACACCAUCAACCUGAUCAUUCCCUGCAUCCUGAUCACGUCGCUGGCUAUUCUUGUCUUCUACCUCCCAUCAGACUGUGGUGAGAAGAUGACUCUUUGUAUCUCAGUCCUCCUGGCCCUUACUGUGUUUUUACUCCUUAUCUCAAAGAUUGUGCCACCUACGUCUCUAGCAGUGCCUCUGAUUGGGAAGUACCUAAUGUUUACAAUGGUGCUGGUCACCUUCUCUAUUGUCACCAGCGUUUGCGUGCUCAACGUGCACCAUCGGUCACCCAGUACGCACACCAUGCCUCCUUGGGUCAAGCGUGUCUUUCUGUACCGGCUCCCCUCUUUCCUCUUCAUGCGGAGACCAGGAAGUUCCAACAUCCGUGAACGGUUCCGGAAAAAACACCAGAAGCAGAAGUACUCUGACCAGAAGCAGGGUGGACCAGAAGUUGGAGGUGGAAGCUCUGUGGGAAUGGCUGAUUCCUCCUCAUCCUUCUUUGUCAAUGAGGAGUCGGCCAAGCGCUAUGGCUGGAGGGUCAGUGACUGCUCAGAGAACACAGAGUUCAGGAAGAGGAUGACGCUCAAGAGCAACAUUGACGUGGAGGAUGCAGUGGAUGGAGUACGUUAUAUUGCGGAGAAGAUGAAGAGUGAGGAUGAUGAUGAAGGGAUCAUUGAAGACUGGAAAUACGUGGCGAUGGUGAUCGACCGUCUUUUCCUGUGGAUCUUUGUGUUUGUGUGUGUAGUUGGGACGAUGGGGCUCUUCAUGCAACCUCUUUUUCAGAGUUAUAACACCCCCAUUGUUGAGGACAUGGAUCAUAAAUCUGAAACUUGAUGUGACUCAGAAGUGACUUUUUAUUUCCAGAAGCAGAUUUUAACACAUAAAGUCAUAUGUCCGCCUCUCACCUCACUCUGACUGGCAAAGGACACAUUUUAGCCUUUCCAUUUCCUCCUCCCCAUCCCCGGUCUGCCCUUUGAAUCCUACACAUACCCCCGCAGUCUUAUAAUCAACUCAUCUGCCAUUCACACAGGGGCUGUGAUUCCUUUUUUUCAGAGGAUCUACCACCCCAAGCUUUAUAACAGAAAACAAUUAAGAAAAAAACAUAACCCAAGGUGUUUUUUUGUGUUUUUUAUCUGGCACAAUAUUUACUUCAAUACCUUUUUGUAAAAGGUUGGGAUGCUUCGCAAAAUGUGGUUGCAUUCUUAAUUCAGAGAGCCAGCACAAGUCCGGGUGUAGCCUCUUGCAUCAGCCACACUUUCACUAAUCCCUAUAAACAGAUGCGUGCAGACAGCCAUGGCUGCAGCCGUGUAAUGGCUCGUAUGUGAACCGCCAGGCAGCAUACCAUUCAGUAAAACAAGGCAACAGCGUUUAUACCUUUACCUUAAAUAUCCACAUUCUGGCUUUCUUCAUUCACACAAGGCCUAAGCACAUUUAAUUUGCUAUGUACAACGCUAAAACCAUAUUUUGCACAAACGUCAGCAGCAUCACUUUACUUUAAGAAUGUGAGUGCUGGACGGACCACGACAAUUUGGAGCAUUAUGAAACAUACAGGAAAAAAACAACAGUUUUGCAGUGGUGGGAAAACUGCUUCUCUCCUUCCUGAUUUAUUUCUUUCUUUUUCCUUUUUUUGCAUUUUUCUCACACUUAAAUAUUUCAGAGCUUUAAAAAGAUUUUAAUAUUAGAUAAAGAUAACCUGAAUAAAUACAAAAUCCAAACUUACCUGGCCCUGUGUGUAAAACUAAUUGAUUACCCGGUGUCACUGAGGAAAUAAAAGUUAAACUUUUUGGAAGGUUUGUGUUCCAUUACAUUGGGCGUAAAGCUAACACAGCAGAACAUCAUACCUGCAGUUAAAGCAGGUGGUAGUGUGAUGGUCUGGGGCUGCUUUGCUACUUCAGUACUGAACAACUUGCUGUAAUAGAUGAAGACUUAGGCCUACCAGAAAAUCCUGAAAGAGAAUUUCUGGCCAUCAGUUUUGCUCCAGCACACUCAGGUUAUACAGCAGGAUAAAAAAUACACCAUCAAGUCAACCUGUGAAUGGCUUAAAAAACAAAAAUGAAGAUUUUUGGAGUGGCCUAGUCAAAGUCCAGACUUCAAUCCUGUUGAGAUGGCUUGGCAUGACCUUAAAAGACUGUUCAUGACCAAAAAACCCCUCAAACAUGGGUGAAUUAAAACAACUCUGCAAAGAAGAGUGGAGCAAAAUUCUACCACAGCGAUGUCAAAGACUCAUUGCGAAUUAUUGCAAAUGCUUGAUUGCAGUUCUUACUGCUGAGGGUGGCACAACCAGUUCUUAGGUUUAGGGGAAAUUACUUUUUCACACAAGGCCUUGUGGGUUUGGAUAGACUUUUUCCCUUAAUAAAUGAAAUCAUCACUGAGUAACUUGAGUGAUCUUUGUCUAAUAUCAAAAUUUGUUUUAUGUUCUGAAACACGAAAGUUUUACAAAAUGCAGAAAACUAAGAAACUGGAGGGGGGGAUACUUUUUAUAGUAAUGUAUAUUAGAUAGAAUAUGAAAAUAAACAACCCUGAAACAUGCUAUUAGUACCACAUUAAAAAUAAAUCUUUUUAACACAUAUUUUAGCUUCUACUUUGUAGUAUUUUUAGUUAAACAAAGAUUUUAAGUGACUUUUGUUCUAUUUAUGUUAACAUUUUACACAGCGUCCCAUCAUUUUUUAAAAAUGGAUUAUACUUAAUACCUUUCUUGUAUCAUCCUCACAAGAAAACUAGAAAAGAACAAGAACAAGAGCAAAGUUACAAUUAACCAAAAUGCUGUUUAAAUAUAAAAUAUUAAACCUGAUCUGAUCACUUUGGGGUCAAUAUCUUUCUUACAGGACUGAAAUGUAGCAUAUUUGAAAACCCACAUCUUUACAGGAAACGCCAAGACUGAAGGUACCCGUUACACAAACAACAACUCAGGACUUAUAUUCCACCCCCUUUAUUUCUGUCCGUGUCUCUGCGUCCAAAUCAAGAAAUAAUUCCAGUGGCUGUGUCAGGACAUAACUGGGACUAGCAUGCACACAAACCAGUACAGAUGCUUUGUGUUGAAUUAUUUUUGUUAACUUGAAGAGUGACAGAACCCAAAGAGAAACAAAAUCUCACAAACCGGCUGAUUUUGCAGAUGUGGACUUUACACUGCUCACGCAGGCCUCAAGAGCAAAAGAUGAAUCAGCUUUGUGAAGACACCCAGAAGAUGCUCACUCCCCUUGUGUCCUUUUGCCAAUACCAAUAUACAGCCGACACAAAACCGCUGACUGCUGGACUGCUUAAAUAACAACGAUAGAUGUGUAUGAGGGAGGCGCCCAGCCUUUUUGUUUACGCUCACACAGCUCACUGUGCAGAUUAUAGGCUGACUUGAAAAACUGAUCAAAUCUAUGAGCGUCUUUGUUUGAAAUAAAGGCGGGUAAAUAGUGCUAAAAAUUCUCCAAACCAAUGACUGUGAAGCUGUUGCUGCUCACCGUGCUUAUUUUAAAAGUACAGCACGCUGGUCAAAAGCAGUGCUCGUCAGCAUCCAUCACCAAAAAACCAGCAGCAAUAAUAUUGUACAGUAUUUUAUACACACUGACGUGGAUGAAAUGACCAAACAGCCUGUCGCUUCACUUUCAUUAUCUGCCAUCAUAUUGUAUGCUUUACAGUCUGUUCUCAGAUGAAUUACUUGAAAUCAUAUCCUGUUAUUUCUGAGAGGUAUUAUAUAACAUUUCACCUUCCUAAUGCACUCGUCGGUCACUGCUGCCAAUGUCAGCUUGGGAAAAAAAGGGUUUACCGAUCUAAUCCAGCUUGAUUGAUUUUGUUUCAUAUUUUAUUUGUCGGUGGAUGGCUGAAUGAAAACAUUCGUUCUGUGUUUUUUCCCAGUAGACAGUCAUGUUACGUGACAUGCUGAGUUUUGUCUAACAGUAAGGGGCUGUGUUGGGACCUGAUGUCUUCCUAAAUGAAUCAAUAAAGGGUAA